GAGUAUCUCUGUUUAUCUUCUGUGUGUGUGUGUGUGAGUAAAGAAGAAACCCCUUAUGAUGUCUCACAAUAUUCAACGUCGUCGUUUAGGUGAUGAUUAUAAGUUAAAUUGUGGUUCGAUUUAUACAAUUUCAUGUACAUUACCUCCCACACGCGCAAUAUGGCGGUUAUGAUGAAAUCUCAAAUUCAUGGAUUUUUGAGCCUGAGAUCUGCAUCAUCGUCACUUAGCCUCAGGAGAACUGCUUUGCCUCCUCGCCCUCUUAUUUUGAGGGCGUGUGCAUCUAAUCCCGACCAUGAUCGAUUUUUUAUCUUGAAAAAAGGGGCAGUAGUAAAACUGAGAAUCAAGGAGGUUUUGGAGGCUGCUUCUCAGGAGGCUGAAGCUGACAUUGAAGCUGAUCUUUAUGCUGCUGAAGAUUCCGAGAUUCAUGAAGUGGUGGAGAAGAGGCCAAAGAGUCUUUGGGGAUUUGUGUCUCGUGAGGUCAUAAAUGCAAUUUUGGGCGUCGAGAUGUUUGCAAUGUUGGGCAUGUGCAUCGGUUUCAAAAAUUGGGUGAAACAAUACCCAAUAGUACCGAUUUUGUUGUUUGUUUCGGUGAUCGCUUUGAAGUAUGCAUUGUAUAAAACAGGUGAAUGAAACUUAUGAUUGUUUGUAUGUAUGUAUGCCCUUGGCAUUUCGAUACCAAACUUAUACCAUGGUAAGUAUUUUAACUGCCAUGCUUAACACCCAUCAACCACGGAGAUGCUUAAGCGCCAACUUAUCAUGUGGUUGGGGAGUUUGUAUUGUUCACCCAUGAUGAUGUUGUCUUUGUACAAGAAGCAGAUGUCAAACCACAGUGGUGGGAGAUUAUCUAUAUUGAAGAUUUGAUGGUAGCAAACCUAAUGUCAAAGCAUGUCACUCUUCUGCAAAUGAAAAAGAAACAGAGUUAAUUAACAAUGACCGAUCCUUGAGUUAGCGCACAUCAAUAAUGUUUAUCACAAGAAACAUUUUCCGGUGUUAAGUUGCUGAAUGUUGCUCAUUUCCUGUACCCUCAAUUUCUUUAUACAAUACACAAUAGAUAGCUUGAAUUUUAUGGAUUUUCACACCACACAAAUCAUUUAAAUAGUUGAGCGAUGGCAGUUUGAUACCC